GCAGCAUCAGGAUUCCGUAUAACUGCGACUCCUCAGAGCUUAGCAACAGACUGUUGCUUUUUCGGUUGAUUUUUUAAAUAAAUGUAAAAGUAAUACUUGACAUUAUUAAUGUAGUUUUCCUACAUUAAUAACUUACUUAAACUGUCAGCAGAGGGAAGUGACAUGUCAACGGCUAAUUAAACUCAUUGCUGUAGAACUGGACUCGGCUAUAACAGUGAAGGAGACAGAGCGAAGGAGACAGAGCGAACAGCGACAGCCAGCUGAAGUUUAUUACUGGUCCCCUCGAUAACAAAGGGGGACGCUUUUCCUCUUCUUCUUUGGUGCUGUUAUUCGACGCCAUCGUGCGGGUUAAAGGCCUCGAAAAGAUUUGCAAUGCAAGAUGUAUUCGUCCACGGUGUUUGCAUUGUAAAAGGACAUGGAGCACAGAGGAGGACCGUCUGAGUAACAGGGAUUGACUUCAAUAUACAUUCAGGACCUGUGCUUCAUCAAACCUCCGCCACUAGAUUUGAUCUACUAAAUGUAAAAGGAUCGUUUGGUGCAAGCUACCAUGGACAUCUAUCCCCGGCCAAGCGGUGAAAUCCAGAGGAGGAACCCUCAGCAUGACUUUGAGCUCAUCCAGAGGGUGGGAAGUGGCACAUAUGGAGACGUGUACAAGGCUCGAAACAUCCGAACCGGGGAGCUCGCUGCUGUGAAGAUCAUAAAGUUGGAACCAGGGGAUGACUUUUCCAUCAUCCAGCAGGAAAUCUUCAUGGUGAAGGAAUGCAUGCACCACAAUAUUGUGGCCUACUUUGGGAGCUACCUCUGUCGAGAGAAACUUUGGAUAUGUAUGGAGUACUGUGGUGGAGGAUCUAUGCAGGACAUUUAUCAUGUGACGGGACCUCUCUCGGAGCUUCAGAUAGCGUACGUCUGCAGAGAGACUAUACAGGGUUUGGGAUAUCUGCACGACAAGGGCAAGAUGCACCGUGACAUUAAGGGUGCCAACAUACUUCUUACAGACAACGGAGAUGUGAAGUUAGCUGACUUUGGAGUUGCAGCCAAAAUAACAGCCACCAUUGCCAAAAGGAAGUCCUUUAUCGGAACACCUUAUUGGAUGGCUCCAGAGGUAGCAGCAGUGGAGAAGAACGGCGGCUACAACCAGCUGUGUGAUAUCUGGGCCGUUGGCAUCACGUCCAUCGAGCUGGCCGAGCUGCAGCCUCCAAUGUUUGACCUCCACCCGAUGAGGGCCUUGUUUUUGAUGUCGAAGAGCAGCUUCCAGCCUCCGAAGCUAAAAGACAAAAACAAAUGGUCCACCGCCUUCCAUAACUUUGUCAAAGUGUCUCUGACAAAGAACCCAAAGAAGAGGCCCACUGCAGAAAAACUUCUAUCGCAUGUGUAUGUAGCCCAGACGGGUUUGACGAGGAGGCUCGCUGUUGAUCUCCUAGAUAAGAUGAACAACCCAGACAACCACCAGCAUUACAGUGAGGUGGACGAUGAUGACCUCGAGCCCCUCUCUGCAGUCAGACACACCAUCCGCUCCACCAACAAACAAGCCAGAGCUGAGAGGACGCGCUCAGAGAUAGACUCAAACAAUGGGAAAGACCAAGGAGGGCCGUACUCAAGUCCUAGCUUCACUGAGGGCCACGGGGGGGAUGCAGUUGACAAGCUCCAGUUUGAACCACCUCUCCGGAAGGAGACUGAAGCUCGUUCUGAAAUGGAUGGGAGUAAAGAUAAUGACUUCCCUUCCCCCUGGAGUCCCUUUACAGAGGGAGGAAUAACCAGGGGACACAUCGCCCAUCUCGAAGAUGCCUUUGAAGGAGUGGAGCUGUCAACUCUCAAGCCCGGCAUUCCUCCUCCUCCUCUUCCUCCGAAGCCACGAUUAAACAGCUCGUCGGAGGAGCUCGGCCUUAACGAUGAGCGCUCUGUGACGGUCCGGAGGUUCCCCAACUCUGAGAACGGACCGGGCCAGGUGGUUCGCAUCCAGAGCACACCUGAGCACCUGGGCAACAAGGUGGAGCACUCGCCUCCGGAUUUCCUCUCUGUCAGCGUCAGCAGCCCCGGCCUUUUGUCUCACGCCUCUGAUCCUGCUCUCAGUAAAUCUGAAUGGAAAGAUAAUGAUUCGGAUGACAGUGUGAAUGGAGGCAGUCCCAAGAUGCCACCCAACCGACAGCACCGGAAGGAGAAGAAGGAUUUCCCCAAACCAGCCAUCAACGGUCUUCCUCCCACUCCUAAAGUACUGAUGGGAGCCUGUUUCUCUAAAGUGUUUGAUGGCUGUCCACUGAAUAUCAACUGUGCCACAUCAUGGAUUCAUCCAGACACCAAAGAUCAGUACCUAAUCUUUGGGACGGUGGAUGGCAUCUAUACGCUGAACCUUAACGAGCUGCAUGAAGCCACAAUGGAGCAGCUGUUCCCGAGGAAGUGCACAUGGCUGUACGUUAUCAACAACAUCCUGAUGUCUUUGUCUGAAGGGAAAACCUUCCAGCUGUACUCUCACAAUCUCAUCGGGCUGUUUGAGCAGCUGAAGAAGCCCGGCCUGGCUGCUCAGUUCCAGACUCAUCGCUUCCCAGACAAAAUGUUACCCAGGAGGUUCGCCCUGACAACUAAGAUCCCCGACACAAAGGGCUGUCACAAGUGCUGCAUUGUGAGAAAUCCAUAUACAGGCCACAAGUACUUGUGUGGAGCGCUGCAGUCUGGGAUUGUCUUGUUGCAGUGGUAUGAGCCCAUGCAGAGGUUCAUGCUUAUCAAGCACUUUGACUUCCCUCUUCCCAGCCCACUGAAAGUGUUUGAGAUGCUGGUGGUCCCGGAGCACGAGUAUCCUCUGGUGUGUGUGGCCAUCAGCCUGGGCAGCGAGCCGGACCAGGUGGUCCGCUUUGAGACCAUCAACCUUAACUCCUGCUCCUCCUGGUUCACAGAGAUUGGAACAACUCAUCAGCAGGUGGAUGCAAUCCAUGUCACCCAGCUGGAGAGAGACACCGUGUUGGUGUGUUUAGACAAAAAUCUGAAGAUUGUUAAUCUCCAGGGCAGACUGAAGUCCAACAAGAAGCUGGCGUCUGAGCUCAGCUUUGAUUUCUGUAUCGAAUCUGUUGUGUGCCUUCAGGACAGCGUCCUGGCCUUCUGGAAACAUGGCAUGCAAGGAAAGAACUUCAAGUCUAAUGAGGUGACUCAGGAGAUCUGUGAUCGAAGCCGAGUCUUCCGCCUCCUCGGAUCUGACAGGGUGGUGGUUUUGCAGAGCCGGCCCACAGUCAACCCCACGGCCCACAGCAACCUCUACAUUUUAGCAGGUCAUGAGAACAGUUACUGAGCCUCCCCCAGAGGAAAGUGGAGGAGAUGCCUCAGGUUUUAUUGGGAGAAAACUCCAGACCUUCACCUCAGGUUCUGUGUCGAGGGAAACGUCUGGUUUCACAGUUAUUGGGAGCUUUUGUUACUGAUCACGGGAUUGACGGGUCAGUAGAGAGAGAGAGAGAGAGGAGCCUCUUCAGUCUGGAUUCAUGAGUAGCCUUACACCAGCAACACGCUCGUAACAAGCAACACGGAAACCAUCACGAGCAGAAAGCAGAGCGCCGAUAAAAGCUGCAGUGGACCGAGUUACAAACGAGUUAUCUAGAGGUGUUAUUAAGUGCCAUUAAGAUUCACAAGAAUUUGUGAUUGUAUUAGCGAAACUGUGGGAGAUUUAUUGUGUUAUUGUCUGUAACAUGUCACUCAUAAUCACGUUCGAAGGCUUGAGGAGAUUUCACAAGCUAUGUAGUCAAACUAAAAGCUCCGUUUAAACAGAAACCCCCGAGCAUUGUGGGUUAUUUAAGCAAUAUUUAUUAACCUCGUGCUAAGUGAUGUUGGAUUAACAGACAGUGGCAGUGCAGUCCUGCUGUGAGGAUUAACUACCUAGUGAACAGCAGCUUUGGGUUAUUUUCUACUGCUAUGUAAUAUAGUCGCAUCUCUCCUGCUCUGCUGCGUUUUUAGAAGUCGGAUAUAAUGUACCUUUUUUUUUUUUUUUUUUUUGUCUUUACCUUCCUCUUUUAUGGACCUUUUACUUCUCAUUAUUUGCACCAUGUAAGCACUUUUGUACCUUUUUUUUUUUUUUUUAUUUAAAAUGACAAAAUGAGGGACAAUGCUAGGUUUUGCUAACAUCUUUGCAUUCCCUUCGCAAAAUGUUUAAUGUAUGCUGUUUUUUUUGUAAUAAAAAAAGCUGUUAACACGA